AUGACCACCUCCGUGCCAAUCUUUUGCUCCUUAACAGAUUUAGUGGAUUGGACUCAUGGCACUCCUCCAUCUUUACAAUGCGCCUACCUAGUGAAGCACGGGAGCCCAUGCAAGAACAAAAUUAGCCAGACGAAAUCUCAAUUUGCCCGAUCCCUCUUUGCGAGUCACCUCGUUAAUCUCACUGCACCUGGGAGAUGCAUUUUGACAACGGCAAUCCACCAGUCCCAGAUUUUUCAGGAACUCGCCGACAACCACGUUUGUAAAACCCAUGGAAGACACCUAUCUGCAGCUACUCGACAGUGGCAGCGUGAAUUCUAUACAACAAGGACUCAAGUGAUUUCCAGGCUGGAGAGAUACUACAACCUUGAGAUUGAUGAUACACAUCCUGAAGAUGAAAUUGGAGACGAGGAACAGCCCUUCCCGCAUGGAUCCAAUGGGAGGGAAGGUGAGGUACAGGAUGAGAAAUACGCAUCCGAAGCGGAAGAGGAUGUCUCAAUCCUGUCUAGUCAAUCACCGUCCCAAAUCAGGGCUAUACGCCGCUCAUUAACCUUCGACGAAAACGAGGUGGCCAAAUAUGUCACCUGGGUUCUGAGGCAACGUGUUGAGGGCAAUGCCGCAAAAUACGGAUGGGUCUAUGUCAUACGCCCUUGUAACCUAUCCGGAAAAUUCAAGAUUGGCUAUACUCUAGAUAAUCCUCAUCAAGGUCGUCUCAAAUAUCACAAGAAUUGUUACGGGGAUUUCGACGUGAUCAAGACAAAGCUCACCCCAUAUGCCUUUCGUGUGGAACAACUACUCCUUGCAGAAUUCUCGAACAGGCAAUAUACGCUGGAAGAUGUCUGUCCGAAACACAGGACCCGUCACAAAGAGCUGCUUGAUAUUGACCAAGCAAAUUUACUCGAAAGUUUGAAAAAAUGGGUCGACUUCGCCAAGUCCCCUUCUUACGAUAAAAAUUCAGGAAAGUUGUUGGCUGAGGCUAUAUCAAAGCUUCCUCCUCCAUCUUCAAAAGAAUAUCUCAAAUGCGGGCGACCGCGCCGUCGAGUCUCUACAAAUCCGACACCACUGAAAAAGCAAGGAGACCAGAAUUUUCAGGUCACACCGCCGCCGGCUUUGACCUUCAGGGAUCCCACGUCGACCGCCAAGUCGUGUCAGGUUGAUGCGGUCGAGCUAGAUCCUGAUGAACUAUUAUCAAAGCUCGAGGAUUUUGAGAUCUCAUCUUCAGCUAAUGAUGACAAAUAUGAGAAUAAUUUCGAGCGUGAUAAGGAGGACGAUGAGGAGGAGGAUGUUGAUGAGGGAAAUGAUAAUGCGAGUUCAACAUCGAGCAGGUGGUAG